GGAAUAAGGGGAGGGAAGGGGGAUAAGAGGGGGGAGUGCGGCUCUAGCAUGAUGGGGCACCUGACAGCCUGGGAGUUGUGAGUUGUGAGUUGUUGUGACGCACGAUCUGUAUAUUUCUAUGAGCAUCUGGGGCGCGUGUCGGAGGGUACGGUACAUAGCCGCUGGUUUUGUUGUGUUUGAGACGCAUGUAUGCACGGAAGUCUGGUGUGUUUUUCAAGCUCGUGUCUGUGUGUUUUGCAAGCUCGUGUCUGUGGUCGUGCUGUGGUCAUGCUGUGAUGGUUUGGGGGUUUGGUGUACGGGGUUCGCCUCGCUCUCCAUGGGCUGGGACAGCCUUGGCCUGCUGGGGAACCUUUGGGCCAGCCUGAUUGUGAAGCAGACAGAGGGUGUGGGGACGGACAAGCGUGAACUCAGUCUUGGUCUUGGUCUUGAUCUUGAUUUCGAUAGUGGAAUGGAAUGGUAUCGUAACGCCGCCGAUGCAAUCUAAGCCCACAACACGCACACGCACACGCACACGCCCAGCGCCCCUCCAACCCAUCUCUAC